AUGAUUAUUUAUGUUGAUCAAUACCAUUACUAUAUUCUUGCUACACCAUUACAAUCAUCUAAUACUGCCAUGUUGUCUUCUGCCUUCCCAGCUUACAAGAGCCCUUUCCCAAGUCUCACCCCAAACGGCGCCACUGACCUGUCAACGCCUCGGAAAAUCUCUCUUCCUCCAAUCGAUUCUCUAUUGCAAUAUCAUUACGAGGCUCCUAGCUCAAAUCAUUACUCCUAUACCUAUCAAAGACCCCAAUACUAUCCUUCCCCAGUGGCUUCCUCUUCAUAUACCUCCCCAACAACCAGCCCAAUCUCUCCUCUUCUUGGGUUACCAACCUUCGGGUCUUCUAUUGUGGUCCAACCAGAACUCCCAAAGGCUGCCUCAGCGCAACAAGUUUCUACAAGACCAGCCAUGAUGAAAACCAUCAAGCCUCAGCUGAAAGUGAUGGCCGCCAAACAGCCAGCCAAACCACUUUCAUUCGAAGAAAUGACUUCUAAUGUAUUCUUUUCAAACCCAAAUUUCGAAAAAGAUAUCAGAAAACAUAAAUGUGUAACCUGUGAUAAAAGAUUCAAAUCCCAAGGUCAUUUGAAUAGACAUAAACAAACCCACAAAAAAUCGAAGAAGGAAAACUGCGUGGCAAAACAAAACAAAUCACCAAAAAGUUGCAAGUCAGUUAAGGUUGUACCUGAAUCCAAAAUGAGUUUGGUCAGAUUGUUGUCUUGA